AUGCAACUGAUCCCCACCCCGGGGCUUGCCCUGGUGACAGCCAAUGGUGCUGGAGUCCACUCCCGAGGAAGGGUCGCUCUAGCGCUGGAGCUCGCAGAACAGGUGUUCACGCACACAUUCUUGGUGGCGUUAAUCAGCUUGGAUGUGAUCGUAGGAACUGACCUUCGGAAUAUGCACGGAGCCCACAUCGACGCACAACAAAAGUUGGUGUCAUUCACAUCGGUGGAGGAGCUCAAAUCCUGUUCUCAGGUCGAGACAAGGCACGAAGAAUCCCAAUCGGGCUCAUCCGACCAGAUAACAGCAGCUAACCUUCCGACGGAGACUACGACGGAUUCGUCUGGUGCAAAUGAUGCUAAUAGGGACAGCCAAGAGAAGCUUUCAGUCGACAAUAAUCCCCUCGUGUCAUCUGCCCAGAUGCAGUCCAACUGGAUCGAUCUUCUUCGGGUACACUCGAAAGUACUACCUGAUCACGACAAUCGCGGAACAUAA